AUGCACCAAGCGCGAGCACAAGUGCAAAGUGUGCGGGUCGUGUCGAGCACGUGGGCCCGCGAUUCGCAUGAUCUCUUCGAUUUCGAGGCCACAGAUUUGCACAGGAAGAUUUUCACCGCCCUGAAGCCGGCGGUCUGCGUGCGCACUGGCACCGACGUCCAGAUGGUGAGUGAGCACGUGCCAGUAAACAACAUGUACGACCCCCUUUUGCGGCUGGCCCAGAAGGACGGAGCCUUCUGGGUGGACCGGGCCCCCCCGUCGAGCGGCUCCAAGAAGCUCUGGCUGGUGGUCCGUGACAUGCCCUCCGGGGCCCACCACCUCCAGGAGGGCGACGUCAUCAAGCUCGGCCGCUUCAAGUUCCGCGUGCGGCAGCUCGUCGGCUCCGGCGAAGCGCAGCCAGAGUUGAAGCUUGACGAUUCUAGCUCGGUGUGCCGCGUAAACCCAGGGGGCGAGACGGAGCUGGCGCAGACACUCUGUCGCAUCUGCUUGCUUGAAGGACCAGGUGAGGGCGAUCCCCUCAUCUCGCCGUGCCUUUGCAAGGGCUCCAUCGAAUACGUCCACCUCGGCUGCUUGCGGCACUGGAUCCGAGGGCGUUUGAACCUCUCAGACUCCACUGGCGGCUCCUACUUCUUCCGGCCUCUGCCGUGCGAGCUCUGCAAGGCUGUCUAUCCGACCUACGUGCAGAACGAUGCUGAGCCGCAGCCGAUGCCGUUGGUGGAGGUGCCAUGGACGAAGCCGCCCUUCAUCGUUCUAGAGAACAUGGUCCGCGACUCUCAGCAGCACGCCUGCCGCGGUCUGCAUGUUAUCUCGCUGGCGGAGAAGGUGCUGAAGCUGGGCCGAGGCCACGAGAGCGACGUGCGCAUCGCGGACGUGUCGAUCUCCCGGUGCCACGCCAUGAUCCGAUUCCAGCACGGCCAUUUCCAGCUGGAGGACAACAACUCGAAGUUCGGCACCCUGGUCGCCAUGAAGAAGCCCCGCCUCCUGGAGCCGGGCCAAGGCGUGUCCAUCCAGAUGGGCCGGACGGUGCUCUCCCUGUCGGCCCAGACCGACGUCGAGUCCCUCGAGGCGCCCACGCCGAUUCGCCACGGCCCUUCCGGCGGGGCCGCGGACGAGCGCCAGCUCCGCCUGGCGCUCCUCAAUCGUUUCAGUGGCGCGCGCCCCGACGGCUGGACCACGGAGCACCCUGGCGAUGCGGCCCAGCUGCCCGGCGAGGCCGACGAGUGA